GUCUUCUGGCAUACACCUUCUACCUGAAAGGAGAGAAGAUGGUGGCGCUUGUCUGGCACAGCGGUAAUGGUUAUCAUUUCUUCCAGAAGACAGACGGAAGUCUUUCGCGUACACUCAGUCUCCACUCAAGCCACAUAUGCACAACUCGACCAGUGCCCCUUCCUUAUCGAAGUAAGAGUAUACCAAGGGACUCAUCCGAUCCUAGAACUCCUGACGGCGACUUCGACGCCUCCUACCCCAACGACUCUGGAGAUGACUCUAGCUUGACUGAUUUUGACUCGGUGGAACCAGAAGUUACAAAGGCUCCCGUGACACCACGCAUGUCCUUGCGCUCCAGCCAAAGUAGUCUACCGCAGGGAUCUGCCAUCCGAGUGGCAGUGCCGUCUCUCCCAGUCCCGUUGCCAGACCACAUACCGCAGUCACGGAAAAGGGGUUGCGUGAUUCUUGAUUUGACGGAGGAAGACGAGUCACCUCGCGUUAAAAAGGAACGAUUGGAGUCUCCGGUACUCCUCGCACACACCGUCCCAUACAUCACUCCACCCACUACCCAUCCGUCCGCGCCAUCCAAUGCACCCAGCGAAGACAGAUCAAGCAUGACCAGAUCCGCCAGAGAGAAUUUGGCAAACGAUUAUGGCCGCAUGUGCGCUCAGAUCGCCCAAGAGCGUUCCAUGCGUGUGUUUGAGCUUCCAAAAAUGAUCGAUUUUAAGAGGAGGAUGAUACAGGCCGUCAGAACAGGUGAUGAAUCUGCUCUGUACAGUAUCUAUGGCGAAGUUCAAGCCUUCUUCGCCACAAUCGACUAAUGCUGUUGCUUGGUCACAAUAUC